AUGGAGUUUUCGCUUGCGUUUGGCAGGAAGAAGAGAUUGCCGGAGAACGCGUUCUCGGAGCCCGAGUUCAAGUUCGUCGCUAGGGACAACAGGAGGAUCAUUCUGCUUUUGGACAGCUCGUCUGGACGUAAUGGACAAACGGGAUCUUGGCCAGUGGUGGCCAGGGCCACGUACCGGCUGCUGGAGGAGCUGCAAGAAAGCAAGGACUAUGACCGCGUGGAGUUGGGCCUGGUGGAGUUUGCCGGCGGGAUCGAAAAGACGGAGCGCAUCACUUCCGUCCGCCUGCUUGACAUCAAUAGCAAGUCCUUCAUUUCCCGCUACCCGUCGAGGAACAGCUCGGACCCCACGGAGAGGACGCGGAAGAGGGACCCGAUUUUCGAGCAAAUGAUUGCCGGUGGCACGAGAGUGCAUGGGAUCCAACUGGGGCAACAGGUCAACGGGUUGCUCAAGGACCUGGCGACCAAGUCCGGGGGCAGGUUUUCUGCUGUCGACGACCCGGAUGAUGAUGCUGGAGCGUUCAUGGAACUGCUCAGCUUUUAUGAGUCCGUGUUUCAAAUCAACAAUCCUUCAAAGUUGAUGCACAAGGUGUUUCGUCCCACGAAACCCUAUGACGUGAUGUCUGGCUCCUUCUACGUGGACUCAUCCAUAAACCAGGGCUUGCUUUUUGUUGCCCAUUACCCGUCAAACGAGGCCCCGAGUUCCGUCCGGGUUCGUUCGCCUACCGGACAAGUGUAUGAUCGGGUUUUGUUGCCCAAGGUGCCCUACGUAGCAGACGUCAUCCGAGUGGAGACUCACAUCGAGAUGGUGGAUCCAUUUGAUUUUCCCAAAGAGCGAGUUUCGGACCCUUCUUCAUCUGAUAAAAAGCAUAUUGCCAUUGAAAUGACGAUGACCAUAAAACUUCGCAACCAUGGACAGUUUUAUUGGAUCACCAUUUUAAUGAAUUCUUUGGGACAAGAGUCUGGGAAUACACCGGAUUUUGGGAUGAGGCAGUGUAGGAAGGGAAUGCCUCUGGAUUCGUUCAAGGUCGCGGUCGCGGCGGCGCUCCCGGCAUGGUUAGGCGUCCCGGGGGUGUUGAUGGUUGCGUACUUGACCGUAAUGCUCGUCCUCGUUUCGCAUGGGCGCCGCGGCGGCGAUGGACGACGGCGACGGAAAGGGAAAGAGGGAAGAGCGUCAGCCGGGAGGGAGGAGGGGAGUCGAUGGCCCUUGAUGAAGGAGGGAAUUUUCGUGGUCGAGGGCAACCCUGGCUCUGACCUGGUUUUUCCCUUUCUCUCUAUCUCUCUGACUCGUGCAGUUCCAGUGCUGUGGGUCGGGAAGAUGACCCAUUUCGGGGCGCGAGUCCCGCGUUACUCGUGGCACGGUCAGGGA